AAUAUACUAAGGUCAAGAUAAGAAAGGUGGAAUCAUACUAGCUGUUUAGUCAAGCUGUACAGAUGAGAGUAGCGGUCGUUUUAGUAGUUUGUCUUUUUGGUGGUUACCAUGCCAACCACGAAGAGAAGCGUAUCCUUUUAAAUGACCCACAGAUGAUGGAAACCCAAAUCAACGAUCUUCAGAGGCAGGUUCAGAUCUUAAAAGAUGAAUUGACGCAAGUUCGUAUGCAGAAAAGCCAGUACGGAACCACGUUCGUAAUAUGGGGAAAGAAAUCGUGCCCUCAGCUGAAUGAUACGAAAACUCUGUAUAGCGGUGUUGUUGGUGGCAGUUUCUACACAGAGACGGGAAAUGGAGCGAACACACUGUGUCUUCCACAUGAUCCGGAUUCCAUUGAUGACCACUUUCCGAUCCAUCCCGACGGGGGAAGCGCUCAUCUAUACGGGGGAGAGUACCAGUUUAGCCUGAAGAAUGUAGGGUACCAGGACGAUGUUCCGUGUGCCGUCUGUCGUGUGACCGGUGCAACAUCCGCUUUAAUGAUCCCCGGAAAGUUGGUAUGUCCUGUCGGUUUCGUGAAGCAGUAUCAAGGAUUUCUGACGUCAAAUUCGUAUUCAGAACAAAAAUCGGAAUAUCUCUGCCUGGAUGACAAUCCCGAUUUUGUUGAAAGAUCCAGAGAAAACCAGAAUGGGAAGUUAUUUUAUCCCGUUGUUACUGUCUGUGGAACUCUUCCUUGUCCUCCAUACAAAAACGGUUCUUAUGUAACAUGUUCCUUAUGUACGGCCUAGUUGAAAUAUAGUCUGAAAUGGGA